UGAUCGAGGUGAGAUCGCCUGAGAUCUGAUCUCGACGACCUCUGCAGCCGCCUCCAAGUCCGCCGUCCCGACUCUCCUCCGCCCUCGGGCUCAUCUGCCAUACGCUGCUAAGAACCGCCCCAGUGCAGUCCACUGCCACGCCCGUGACCUAUCAUGCCUUCGGUACAAAAGCAAACAUACGCCCAGAGGGCGUCGAAACACGCAAACCCUGCAGCGAAAGCAUUGCUCGAGACCAUUGAGCGCAAAAAGAGCAACCUAUGCGUCAGCGUAGACGUCACCAAGCAAGCGGACUUCCUCAGGAUCAUCGACGUUGUGGGGCCGUACAUCUGCCUUGUCAAGACGCAUAUCGACGUGGUUGAGGACUUUGAGCCUUCUCUGAUAGAUCGCCUCAAGGAACUGAGCAUGAAACACGACUUUCUCAUCUUCGAGGACAGGAAGUUCGCCGACAUCGGCAACACCGUCGCUCUGCAGUACUCCUCCGGCGUCUACCGCAUCUCCUCCUGGUCGCACAUCACCAACGCGCACCCAGUUCCCGGGCCAGGCAUCGUCACCGGGCUCGCCUCCGUCGGCCAGCCACUCGGGCGCGGGCUCCUGCUCCUCGCCGAGAUGAGCACGAAGGGCAACCUCGCCACGGGUGCGUACACCGCGCAGGCGGUCGAGAUCGCCCGCGCGCACCGCGACUUCGUCAUCGGGUUCAUCGCCAUGCGCCGCAUGUCGGAGGACAAUGACGAGGACUUCUUGAUCUUGACGCCUGGCGUGGGGCUGGACAGUAAAGGUGACGCGAUGGGCCAGCAGUACAGGACGCCGAGGGAGGUGGUGUUUGAGAGCGGGUGCGAUGUGAUCAUUGUUGGGAGGGGGAUCUACGGGAAGGGCGGCGAUGAGGAGGUAAAGGCGCAGGCAGAGAGAUACCGCAAGGAGGGAUGGGCAGCGUAUGAAGAACGAAUCCGGGCAUGAAAUUGGCCAGAGUCAUAUCCGUUGCAGUAGCUGAGCAAGACGUCAAAAUAGUUGUAUAGUACUGGUGCCUUGUAUCCGUGACCAGAAGCCGGACUGCUUCGAUAUCCGUAGCAUAGAAAACAUGUAUCAAUUCUGCUACACUAUCCAAUUUGUUCUCUAUCGAUACAUGGGAUGAAAUUUCCAUUGA